CUAUAUAAGCUUUAGAUCAGAAACAAUUCUUAGUCAGUUAAUUCAUUUUGAUAUAAUACAUAAAGUUUCACACAGCAUGGCUGGGAUGACAGGGAUAAGACUCUGCAUCACACUAGCUGUGCUAUGCGCAAUAAUUGCUAUUUGUAGAGGAAGGGAAAUAAAAUUUGAUAAUGAUUUGGAAAUAGCUGCAAGUCAUCAUAAGGAACAUCAUGGCGAACAUGGCGGUGGUGAUGAACAUCAUAAACAUCAUCACGAUGAACAUGGUGAAAAAGGACACAAAGGUUAUCAUCAUCAUCAUCAUCACGAUAAGGGUGAUCAUGGACAUCAUGGUAAAGAACAUCACGAAGGUGAACAUCAUGAGCAUGAGGGUCACAAAAAACAUCAUCACGACGAGCAUGGUGAACAUGGUGAACAUCAUGAACAUGGUCAUGGUCACAAGGGACAUAAGCAUGGACAUAAAAAAGGACACAAGAAAGGAGAAAAAACACAUGGUUAUCAUAAAAAGGAACAUAAAGAUGAAUAUCACAAGGAACAUAAAUUUUAUGAUGAUCAACAUAAGGGUGGUCAUCAUGAGAAACAUGGACAUCAUAAUGAACAUCAUGGUGAUAAAGAAGGACAUCAUAAAAAAGGUGGUCAUCAUCAUUCUGGACAUCAUGAACAUCAUCAUGGUAAAAAGGGACAUCACGAUAAGGGACAUCAUGAUCAUCAUCAUCAUGGUCAUCAUGGUAAACAUGGACAUGAAAAACAUCAUCAUCAUCAUGAGGAUCAUGGAAAGAAAGGACAUCAUCAUCAUGGCAAAAAAUUCGGUUAUCACAAGGGUCAUCAUUAAUUGUUUUUGUUUUUGUUGUUGUUCUUUUUUUCUAACAAAAAAAGUACAAUAUAUGUAAAUUUUUUGUGAAUGUUUGAUUUUUUUUAAUCUCUGAUUGAUUUACACAUGUUUAUUUAAUUGUUUACAUAUAUAUAUAUAUAUAUGUAUAAUAGCCAUCAUUGUUGAAUAUAUUAAGUAAAUUAACAUAUAUUAAAUUAAUUUAAAUAAAGUCGUUUAAUUUUUAAUUGUUGACAACAAACGAAAUAAAAUAAUAUAUAGUUAAUUAUUGAUAACACCUUAUCACUAUUAUUUAAAUAAAGAAUGAAAAUUA